UGCGCGGUGGCUUUGCUCGCUGGAGUGCGGCAGCUGUGUUUUGGCCGGCUCUUUGCGUGACCCCCAACGAGCCCGGUCCUUGUCGGUUUGGGUGCUGCUGUCCGCCUUCAGCGCCCAGAGCUGCCAGCAACUUCUGAGAGUGGUCUCAUCACCUGAAGAUGGCAACACUAAUCUUUAUUGAUAAGGAGAACGGUGAAGUCGGGCCUACUAAGAGUCAGCUAAAACUUGCUUCAGGAUCAUCAAAAGUCUUCUCUGAAAGAGCACAAGUUAAUACUCCACUUCCUAAAAAAAAAAUCAACCCAUCUCCAGCCAUGCCUUGCUCUGUCAGAAAGGCUCUUGGGAAUGUCAACAGAACUGGAGUCACAAUCAAGAUGGAGAAGACAAAUCAGAAACCUCAGCCUUACAAUGCAAGCAAAGAUGCUGAAAAGACUGCAGGAUUAGAAAGCCUUGAUGCAGUGGCUGAAGAAGAAUGGCCAGAAAGAGAAAACAUGUUUUCAUUUGAUCCUCGAGACUUUGAGAGUUUUGAUCUUCCUGAAGAACACAAAAUAAGCAAUAUCAACCUGUGUGGUGUUCCCCUUAUGGUAUUUGAAAGGACAUAUGACAAGUGUGUGAACAUGGUUCCUUCACCUGUGAAGAUUGAAGAGAUUUCCUGGGAGUCUAACUUGCUACAAUCAACUGCUGACUUCCUUGCUACCCUGGAUGAGAUCAUUGACAUGCCACCUCCGAAUUAUGAACUUUAAUGUGUAUUCUGAUUCUUCUACUGAGUUCAAAUUUAAUGUAGUUACUUAUUUUAAUAAAGAUUAGUUUAAUCUA